AUGGCGUCGCCUGGGGUGGUGGCCGCUGCGCUGCUGGUGGCGGCGCUGGCGGCGUUCUGCGGCACGGACCCGCUGCGGACGGGCAGCAUGGUGGACUUCCCGGGGUUCGAGGCGCACUUCGUCGAACUCCCCGAUCCCGCCGAGAUGCCGCCGCACGCGGACGAACGGGAGCGGCUCCGCGAGGCCGAGGUGCGGUUCCGCGGCGAGGUGCAGGGGCCCGAGAGCGUCGCCUUCGACCCGCAGGGCCGCGGGCCGUACACGGGCGUCGCCGACGGCCGGGUCGUCUUCUGGGACGGCGAGCGGUGGGUCCCCUUCGCGACGGCCUCCCCGCGCUGGACGCAGGAGCUCUGCGGCGGGCCCAAGGCCUCGCCGCUGGAGUACCUCCCCAACGAGCACAUCUGCGGCAGACCGCUCGGGCUCCGCUUCGAUAAGAAGACCGGGGACCUGUACAUCGCCGACGCCUACUUUGGCCUGCUCAAGGUCGGCCCCGAGGGCGGGCUGGCCACGCCGCUCGCAACGGAGGCCGAGGGCGUGCGCCUCAACUUCACCAACGACCUCGACCUCGACGACGAGGGCAACGUCUACUUCACCGACUCCAGCAUCCACUACCAGAGACGGAAUUUUAUGCAGUUAGUUUUCUCUGGGGAUCCCUCUGGGAGACUCUUGAAAUAUAACCCACAGACAAAGGAAACGACAGUACUGCAUCGCAACCUCCAAUUUCCCAAUGGUGUGUCCAUGAGCAAGGAUGGCUCAUUCUUCGUUUUCUGUGAAGGAUCGCGCGGCAGGUUGAGCAGAUACUGGUUGAAAGGCGAGAAGGCAGGCACUGUGGAUCUAUUCGCUAUCUUGCCUGGAUUCCCAGACAAUGUGAGAACGAAUGAGAAGGGCGAGUUCUGGGUGGCGAUCCACUGCCGCCGAAGCCUGUACGCCCGGCUCAUGAGCCGCCAUGUCAAGAUGAGGAAGUUUUUCCUCAGCCUCCCGAUCCCCGCCAAGUACCACUACCUGAUGCAGAUCGGCGGCAAGCUCCACGCGGUGAUCAUCAAGUACAGCCCCGAGGGCCAGGUGCUCGACAUCCUGGAGGACACCAAGGGAGAGGUGGUGAGAGCCGUCAGCGAAGUGGAGGAGAAGGACGGGAAGCUCUGGAUAGGGUCCGUCCUGAUGCCGUUCAUCGCUGUCUUUGACCUGGCGAAGGCGUCUUAG